GGAAGGAAUGUUGAAGAAAGAGGAAUUGGCGAGCGAUGAGGAGGAUACGGUGAAGAGGGAAGAAAAUGUGGAGAUUCGUGGUAAUGUAGGAGAAGCUGUAGCAGAAGGAGGAACGUUGAAAGAAGAGGAAUUGGACAAGGAAAAGGAAGUAUGGAGAUCGGUAAUGGGGAAGAAUCUGUAGAAGGAGGAAUAUUGAAAGAAGAGGAAUUGGACAAGGAAAAGGAAAGUAUGGAGAUUGGUAAUGGGGAAGAAUCUGUAGAAGGAGGAAUAUUGAAAGAAGAGGAAUUGGACAAGAAAAAGGAAAGUAUGGAGGUUGGUAAUGGAGGAGAAUCUGUAGAAGGAGGAAUAUUGAAAGAAGAGGAAUUGGACAAGGAAAAGGAAAGUAUGGAGGUUGGUAAUGGAGGAGAAUCUGUAGAAGAAGAAGCAUUAAAGGAAAAGGAGAGUAUGGAGGUUGGUAAUGGAGGAGAAUCUGUAGAAGAAGAAGCAUUAAAGGAAAAGGAAAGUAUGGAGGUUGGUAAUGGAGGAGAAUCUGUAGAAGAAGAAGCAUUAAAGGAAAAGGAAAGUAUGGAGGUUGGUAAUGGAGGAGAAUCUGUAGAAGGAGGGACAUUAAAGGAAAAGGAAAAUGUGAAGAUUUGUGAUGGAGGAGAAACUGUGGAAGGAGGAACAUUGAAAGAAGAGGAAUUGGACAAGGAAAAGAAAAGUAUGGAGGCUGUGGAAGAAGGAACGUUGAAGAAAGAGGAAUUGGAGAAGGAAAAGGAAAAUGUGGAAAUUUGUGGUGGAGGAGAAACUGUGGAAGGAGGAACAUUGAAAGAAGAGGAAUUGGACAAGGAAAAGAAAAGUAUGGAGGCUGUGGAAGAAGGAACGUUGAAGAAAGAGGAAUUGGAGAAGGAAAAGGAAAAUGUGGAAAUUUGUGGUGAAGAAGAAUCUGUAGAAGGAGGAAUGUUAAAGAAAAAUAUAGAAAUUGGAGGAGAAUCUAUAGAAGGAGAGAUAUCGAAGAAAGAGGAAUUAGAGGGGAAAAGCAUAGAGAUAGGUGAUGGAAAGGAAGGCGUGGAGAGAAAGGAGAGCAAGGAAGAGCACGAAGAAAUGUCGGAUGAGAAAUCUGAAAAGGUGAUUGAAAAAAGCGAGAUAUUGGAAACGAGUAAUGAAAACAUGAAUCGAAGCGAAUCCAGGUUGAUAGUUGAAGACGAAAUUUCUGUCGGUAAAAAAUUAGACGAAACGUUAAUUAAUAGGAGAUCGAGAUCGGAGGAGAAAGAAUCAUCCGUGGAUGUAUCGAUCGAUGAACGCAGUGUGAUGGAAAACGUAGAAAGUAUGGAAGAGGGGUCGAAAUUGGGCGAAAAUGGAAAAGAGGAAUCGAAAACGGACGGUGACAGAGAAAUCGAGAAAUGCGUGGAGGAAGGAAAAUUGGAUUUGGAAAGUAAGGAUGCGCGAGAAGCGUUAACCGUGAAGUCAAAAUUAACGGGAGAUGACGUAGACUCCGAAAACGAAACGUUGACUAAGCAAUUUCUAAAAGAAGAGGAAGAAGAGGAAGCUUCGAGGAAUAUUGCCGCGCAAAUAUCCAAAAUUGACGAAAAAUUGGCGCGAAAUAAGCGAUCGACGAGCGAAUCAAUUUUGAGAGUAUCUUCGUUAACCGCUUUGCCCAAAGAUUUAUGCAAAAUUUCGCACGACGCGAAGAGCAAACGUCCCCCAACACCGCCAAAAAGAUCGUCCAGCCUCGACUUCCAAGAAAGAUCAACCCGUGGACCAAAAGGGGGAAGCGAGGAGAGCAUUGGGGAUAAUAUCCCUGGCCGUUCAACGGAGAGUCUCGAGAGGACGGAGGACGCAGCUAGCUCCUCGUCGCGUCGAGAUUCCACGGAAAGUUGGACGACGAGGGAAAAUAUUGGCACUCUUGGAACAUUAUUGACGAUAAUAUCCAAGAGUGACGACGGCGUCGAAAAUAUUCGCGACACUUUAAGCAACGUGGACAUGGUCACCCUACCAGAGAGCGUGCGCAACGUGUUGGUGGACUUCGAAGGCGUUGGGGGGAGGGGUGCUUGCCUCGACGACAACAAGACGAACGAGUUGCGCAAGUACGCGGAGAAUGGCGCCAGGCUUGGCAAUGGCGCAAGUUCUGAAAUAAAGCGUGACUGCUUGGAUCGAGAGACACGCGAAAAAUCGCGCACGAAACAGAGCGUGGACGGGCCACCCGUGAAAAUUGUCAUGGAUCGGUCUCGAGAGGAGAGAUCGUCGGAUCUCCCCGCUUCGACUUCGAAACUUGGAGGGGGGAGGUGCGUGGAAAGAAUAGAGAAAAUUGACGUGGAAUCUCGAGAGACGCGGGAAGAAUCAGCGGCGUCCACUUGGAAAGGAAGCGCACCCGUGGAAAGAAUAGUGAAAAUCAAUGUGGAAUCGUCCACCGACGAAUCUGACAAACCGAACAUUUCCAAGAAAUGUGAAGACGAAGAACGAAAAAAGGUUUCGUACGAAUUACACGAAAAGUCCCUAGAAUCCAAGUCGGUAAAACAGAGUGCGGACAGAGCUUCGGAAAGAAUAGUGAAAAUUUCCAGUGAGAAACAGGAAGAAAGGAAGGAAUUCGUUUCGCAGGGGAAACCCGUGGAAAGGAUAGUGAAAAUUAACGUGGAAUCGUCGAUUUCCGGAGAACCGAACGAAGCGAAGGAAAGGACUAGAAAGAUUCGCGACGAGAACGGAGGGAAGGAAAACGAGGUCGGGCCGAGACGAGAGGUGCAGUCUCGUCAUCAUCGCGUGCACAAGAAGAUCGUGAAGAACGAGACGUCGAGGACGGUCGAAACGUCUAGUAGUAGUAGCAGCAAGGAGCGCGGUAACAAGACGGAAAGUUCGAAGGAUACGACGAGGGAGCUCACUACGAGCGAGGAAGAAUUCGAGGAGAUUUACAAGUAUUCCACUCGCGCGUCCGGCGAUGAGCCGCGAUCCUCCCCCGCGUUCGAAAUCGGCGAAGAGAGAAAGGACUCUCCUUCCCACGUAUUGAACUCUAUCCUGAAAAACGACGAGACGCGGUCUCAUCGCAAACGAAAUGUUUACGAGAGGAGCGAAACUUCUCCCUCCGCCAAAAUAUCGGAUUCGACGAGGCUCCACGGCCCGAUGGAAGCGUGGCAGGUGGACAUAUUCUCGAUAAUAGCCGAGGAGGCGAGGAAGAGCAAAUUGAGGCGAGAGCGAAUCGAAUCGUCGCCUCUACCACCCUCUACCAGCGAGGACCUCUACUACGUACCGAUCGAGAGUGGCUCGAAUUACUCGAAGGGUAAGAGAAACGAUUUCGAGGAAACGGGCCCCGUCGAAUCGUUGAAAGAUAUCUGCAUCAAGAAAAUCUUGUCCAUGCCGUACGGCCUGCACGUGAUCAACGAGAUCACCGUGCCCAGUUUCAACCCGUUCGAGAGUCUGGGAGCCGAGGUAUCGAAAUUUUCGACGACGAACGGGGUCCGUGGAAGUUCGAACCGCGUCGAGGAUACUUGGCUCGGUUUAUCGACCGCCACCGACCCGAAAUUGCUCGUCUGCCUGUCCCCGUCCCAACGGAAGGCCGGGGUAAAGGCAACGGCCGACAAUCUGCUCGAUUUGCACGAGAAGUUCAUCAACAGGCGCAACUACUUCGACGAGGAGCCCCCGCCACGAGUCCCCCUCGCCGGAUAUCGGAUGGUAGAGGUGAUGGGCCCCCGUGACGAGAAGGGGCGAGGAGUGGAGGAGUGGAGAGGAGGCGGCGAGAGGAACAGACUGUUGGAGAUUAUCAAGGAGAAUUCGGACAGGAGGAGCGGCGGCACGAAAUCGGUCACGUUCGAGGAAUCGAGCCAAUCCCGUGACGGGGUCCCUGGCUUUGACAGGGGUCGGCAGCGUCUGAAAGCCACCAGGUUGUGCGACUGGCUGAACUUGGCUCGCCACGCGACACCGCUCCCCGAUGAUUUAUUAAUAGAAUCGUCGGGCGAGGGGGGGGAGGAGCGCGAUAACCAGCGACUCGACGCGAAACGGUUAGACAUCGCGAGGAAUGGCGGCGGGGCAUCUUCUUCCUCCACGCGGUUCAGGAAGAGCCACAGCGCCAUCGUCCACUCCUCUUCCAUGGAGAAUCCUCCGGAUCCUCCGUUCAGAAAGAGCCCUCUGAGCAGCGCCAUCAUCGACAAAUCGGUACACUUCGUCCACUCCGUGGAGAGUCCACCCGAGAGGCCGGAUCCGCCUUUCAAAAUCUCCACGCCGUUCGGAAAGGGUCCUUCAACGUCGAACAGCGCCAUCAUCGACUCCUCCUCCAUGGAGGAUCCUCCUUUCAGAUGUUCCACGCCGUUCAGAAACAGCCCUUUGAACAGCGCCAUCAUCGACGAUCCACCCGAGAGACCGGAUCCUCCUCUCAGAAGUUCGACGCCUUUUGGAAGAGUCCUUUGACGUCGAACAGCGCCA